GAUCAGCACUACACUUGUAUUUCUCGUCUAAAAUAAUUGUUCAAUUCACUCUUCGCUACUUACGGUAGUGUACUACGUCUUGUACUGACUAGGAAGUCGAUUGCGGACUUCAUUCUGCCUCAUCUUCUGCAUGGUCUAUGCAGUACUGCAGACUUCGUACACUUCUCUUUUCAGGCUUUGCGGAUUUGCAGACUUCUGUGAGCGGGAGCUCGAGCUCCAGGCUAGGACUGGACUAAGUUAGUUAGCGAUUGCCCGACGAGCCAUGGCUCUACAUCUAUGCUUGUCCUUCUUCCUCGCUGUCUACCUCGCCACCGGUGCAGUAUGUUCCACUGAACCUGGACAGAAUCAGUUUCGUACUAUUUCGGAGGUCGAAGCAGCGCGGUAUACGUAUGUGGACGUGAAGGAUCUUGGUGUUCACGGCAAGGGUUUCUCCGACACGCAAAACUAUUACGAUCGUCUACCGGCGGCGGCGCAGGGCGUGGUGUCCGGGUCGGUGUGGGGUUUGAGUUUGGACACCGCCGGUAUGUAUGUACAGUUUGAGACGAACUCAAACGUGAUUGCCGUGAACGCCACGCUGCGCUCUGGCUCGCUGUCCAUGUGGCAUUUCCCCUCGACUGGGGUGUCCGGUUUGGACCUGUACCUGCUGGAUGAGCAAAGCGUGUGGAGAUGGGUGGGCACAACCAGGGCUAUAAGGUACCCGAAAGCUGUGGUCAACGUCCUGCUGGAGGGGGGACACCCUGCCGUGAAUGGCAGCACAGGUGUGUAUCGUCUUCACCUACCGCUGUACAACGGUAUUGUCGACCUGUUCGUCGGAGUGCAGAGCGGCUCGACGAUCAAAGCUUCACCGCCGGACUUCAAGUAUCACGGUGCUGUAGUGUGGUACGGCACAAGUAUAGCGCAGGGCGGAGUGGCAACGCGGCCGGGACAGGCAUUCACCAACGUCAUCGGCCGUGAUCUCGGCGUGGACAUGUACAACUUUGGCUUCUCCGGUCACGGCCUGAUGGAGGCGGACGUCGCUGAGUUUCUGCUCAAGAUUCCGGACAUCUCCGCGUUCGUCAUCGACUGCAAUCCGAACAUGCAAGGGCCGGAGAUUGCAGAGCGCGCCAUGCCACUGGUACAGCAGAUUACCAAAGCACACCCGACAGCGGCCAUAGUGAUGUCGGAGGGCACCACCUACGGUGCAGCGUGGUACAAUAACAACACACGUACUGGUCAAGCAGCGAAACGAGCCGCGCUGCAAAAGGCGUACCAGGACGCAGUCGCGGCCGGAAUCAAGAAUGUGCACUAUGUUAAGGGUGACGAGUUGAUGUGCAUUGAUGCCCCAAACUGUUAUGUGAAUCCCACUGUUGGUGGCACUCACCCCACCGAUCUGGGAAUGCGCGCUAUAGCCACCUACUAUAAGAAGUUCCUGCCCACUAUCUUAGCCACGAGUCAGUCAUACACACCCAGGACACAUAGUGGUGCAUUUCAUGGCAAGCACCAACCUGCCUACCCAAACCCCAUCUCGACGCAGGAUCGUCUUGCCUUCUUCCAAGCUGCGCUUCCUGAAGAGCAUACACGCAAUCAAAGAAGAGAAACUGCCGCCGAUCCUGUGCAGUUCACUUCCCUCAUGGACCUGACCGUACGCGGCCGGGCCUUCAACAACACAAAGCAGUUUUUCAAUCGGCUCCCAGCACCAGCGGAGGGUGUCGUGCGAGACCAAGUCUUCAAUCUCAGUCAAAUGGCGACGGGCAUACACGUGCGCUUUGUGACGGAUGCCACGACCAUAUGGCUGAACUACACGCUAAGUCUGAGUGACUCUGGACUCUGGCACAUGCCUCCGUCAGGUACAUCCGGAUGUGACCUGUACAUACAGGCUAAAGAUGCAGCCGGUAAACCUGUCUGGAGAUGGGUUGGAACAGUCACGCAAUUCUCAUAUCCAGCACCUGAACUCAUCGAGUUGGCAAGUGGUCUUCCAUCUGGUGAAAACACAUAUGCACUGUAUCUACCCUUGAGGAACACGUUGAUACAGGGCCAAAUCGGCGUACCCACCGGCAGCACAAUACGUCCCGACACCAGCUACGUGCCCAAGAAACCGGUGGUUUGGUAUGGCACCAGUAUCUGCCAGGGCGGAGUGGCAUCUCGCGCUGGCAUGACCUACACCAAUGUCAUCUCGCAACAGUUAUCCACUGGAAACGAAGUCUGGAACUUUGGUUUUGCAGGAAAUGGCAAAAUGGAGAUCAAUGUUGCCGAGUUUUUGACGGAGAUUGAUGCUGCGGCGUUUAUAAUUGAUUGCAACCCCAAUCUGCAAGGAGACAGUGUUGCAAAGCUCACACAGCCGCUUGUGAAGUACUUCCGACAGAAGCACCCAACCAUCCCCAUUGUUCUUGCCGAAGGCACAACGUAUGGCGACUUUUGGCUGCAUGGGGGAACGUACGAGGGACAGCAAGCAAAGCGAGAGGCGCUGCACACUAACUAUUUGGCUCUGGUCAAGGCUGGGGACAAGAACUUGCACUAUGUUAAUGGCAGCAACUUGUUCGGCGUUAACUCCCUGAUCAACCCGACGGUGGGUGGCACACACCCGUCAGAUCUUGGUCACCAUGAUGUUGCUGAGUACUACUUACAGUUUCUCCCGUCCAUACUCAAUGGAGACAAUUAGCCUGGACCAUGCACUGAUGAUCAAUCUUCUUUGCACUCUGCCUGUGCUUGUUGUCAAUCCCCCCCCCCCCCCCCUCCUCCCACCUCCUCCUCCCCCCUCCUCCCACCUCCUCCUCCCCCCUCCUCCUCCCACCUGCCUGGUUUUCCUACUAGAGAUGGACAAUGCUCAUUCCGAUAUGUCACCCCAGUUCCUGUUCCGAAAAUGUUACUUCGAGUAUUAAACCUAUAGUUAUUGAUUCCCUUAGAAUCUUUUAUGACCGUGAAUUACCACAACGCAUUGGCACAUGUGCCACUGAUGUUGGGUGUGGAGUUUGCAAGACUGGAGGUGUGUGUUUCUAGUCUCACUGCAUAGUAUACGGUAAUUCUUCCUCUGUCCCAGACUGUGCUCAAUAUCACCAUGGGCAGACUUUGUAGUCUCGCUGAUA